AUGCUACUGACGAAGCUGAAUGCUAACUACAGUGCUGAAAAGUUUGAUUGGGAAUGGUUGACAUCUCCUAGCCAAAGCAAUGGAUUUGAUUGUGGGAUGUUUACAAUCAAGUUUAUAGAAUUUUUGCAUGCUGGGAAGAAUGUUGAAGGCGUAGAUCAAUCUCGGAUUAUAAGAGAGCUCGCGCCAGAUCGAGUCAGCCAAAUUACUGGAAGAGUGCCUCAAGGACGAGUUGAAGAGCCGGGAGCUCCGGCGGUGGCAAGAAGAGGUGAAGAGGAUUAUAAAAUCGGUUCUGCCGGCCAGCUCUCAUGCCGUUGA